AUGGUGUAUUUCUGUCUGACAGGGUUCACAUGGGACACAGAUGAAAGGAGGAUCAUUCUAGUUGGGAAGACAGGUGUGGGGAAGAGUGCAGCAGGAAACACCAUCCUGGGGAGAGAAGCAUUUGAAUCGGAACUGUCUCCGUCUUCCUUGACAUCAGAAUGCCACAAAGCCAAAGGGGUUGUUGGAGAUCGAAAGGUUGCUAUCAUUGACACUCCAGGACUGUUUGACACUAAUUUCACCCAAGAAGAAGUGUUGAAGCGGAUCAAGAUGUGCAUCUCUCUGUCCGCUCCUGGUCCCCACGUCUUCCUGGUAGUUCUUCAGUUGGGCAGGUUCACCGAGGAGGAGAAGGAAACAGUCAAGAUGAUUCAGACCACUUUUGGUGAAGCUGCAGCUAAUUACACAAUGGUGUUGUUCACUCAUGGAGACCAGCUGAGGAAGCAGACCAUUGAGGGUUAUAUUUCAGAGAAUGCUGACCUGACAGCAUUCAUUCAAAACUGCUAUGGUCAAUACCAUGUCUUCAACAAUGAAAUCAAAGACCCUGAACAAACCCAUCAGCUCCUGAAAAAAAUUGACAAGAUGACCAUGGCUAAUGGUGGGAGUUACUACACAAACGAAAUGUUCAUGAAAGCAGAGGAAGCCAUAAAUAAGGAGAAACAACGGCUCCUAAAGGAGAUGGAAGCAGAGAAGCAAAGAGAGCUAGAUGCACUGAGAGCCAGGUAUGCAGGCAAGGCCUACAGCCAGAAGGAGAAACAGGUGCAUGUAAGAUACGAGUAUGCAGCCAGAGCUCGAGCUGAAAGAUCAAACGACUUCAUCGUUGCUCCAGUAAUAGCUAUCUCAACAGCCUGUGGUGCUGCUGUUGGAGGUCUGCUUGGAGUGGUUGGAGGUCCAAUUGGUAUGGCAAUUGGAAUCGCAGCUGGAGCAGCUGUUGGAGCUGGCAUUGGAUCUCGAAAGCAGAAGAAGAGUGAUGAACUCCGGAUUAUUUUGGUGGGGAAGACGGGAGCAGGGAAGAGCGCAGCAGGAAACACCAUCUUGGGAAGAGAAGCAUUUGAUUCUAACCUGUCUUCUUCUUCUUGGACAUUUCAAUGUAAGAGAGUUGACGGAGUGGUUCAGGGUCGAAACAUUGCCGUCAUUGACACUCCGGGGCUGUUUGACACUAAUUUCACCCAAGAAGAAAUACUGAAGAAGAUCAAGACAUGUAUGUCUCUGUCUGCUCCUGGUCCCCAUGUCUUGCUGGUGGUUCUUCAGUUGGGCAGGUUCACAAAAGAGGAGAGAGACACUGUCAAGAUGAUUCAAAGUACAUUUGGAAAGGAGGCAGCUAAAUACUCAUUGGUGUUGUUUACACAUGGUGACAAACUGAAGAAACAAACUAUUGAAAACUUUGUUUCCAAGAGUGAAGAGCUCCAAGAGCUGAUUGAGGUUUGCUACGGGCGAUAUCACGUCUUCAACAACCUGGUGAAAGAUCAGGAGCAGACUGAGCAGCUCCUGGAGAAAAUUAGCACAAUAAUUGUGCAGAAUGGUGGAGGGCACUACACCUUAAAAAUGUUCAGAAAAGCAAAAAAGGCCUCAGAGAAAGAGAAAUGCAGGCUUUCAAAAGAGCUGAAGGCAGAAGAGCAGCAGAGAAGGGAUGCAUUCAAAACUGAGGUUGAGAAAGAAAUGAAUUUAAGACAAGACCAGCCUCCGGCGCCCGGUGGUUUGCUCCACGACCUGCCCUGGAUUAUCGCCAAGGCUGCGGGACGAAAAGGCAUCUCCGUCCCUGAGGCCAGCCCACCCCCUGCUCCCUCAGACAUGGUGGGGGACUACUACAAGGUGGAGCAGCUGUGCAAGCCCUCCCCAAUCUGGCCCAGGUUCCCCGCCAUUCAGCCCCUCUUGGCCGAGGCACAAGAGCGGCCUGGGGGCCUGCGGGCUCCGGUCGCCCGCUUUGGACUGUUCACCAGAGUUGAGAGGAUGACCGACCUUGGGUUCCCCGCUGUCCCAUCACUGGAACCCAGUGUCUCCGCCAUCCUGCUUCCCAAGGCAGUGUUCCUUGGCAGUCAGCAGCCGACUCCCCCGCUGCCCCGAGACCAGGUCAUCGCUCGGCUCACAGACUGCAUUCAUCAGUGCGCCUCGCAGGCUAGGGCUGCUCUGAACAACAUUGCCCUCCUCUCAUUGUCUGUGCCCUCCCUCGCCUCUCAGAUGGUGCAGCGCAAUAUGUGGCUGCACAUGUCCCGGAUGCCAGAGCAGAUCAAGAAGAGUCUGCUGGAAGGACCUGUCAGCACAGACGGUCUCUUUGGGCUGCACCUCCAGGAGGCCCUCUCUCACUUACAGCUAGUGGCUGGUAAGGCAGCGCAGGGGCGGAGACGACAACAACCCCGCCCCUCAUGA